GUUUAGUAUCAUAUUUUAUGUACACUAGUUAAGACCACGAGAAUGCGGGUGGGUGGUUAAAAUUUCACAAACAAACAAAAAAAAAACUAGUUUUUUGUAUAAAAGUGUAAAAAGAAUUUGUGUCCAAAAUGAAUUUGUGGAUAAUUCUCAUUGUUUGUUGGUACGGAAUUUUGUGUGAAGUCGGAUGUCGGAGUGUCCAUAGAUACAAACAAGCCCCACAAAAUCUCUUCGACGAGAAGAACAAAGAACAUUGGCAGCUGCAAGCGCAAUGGACAUUGCGUUCGAAGGUUUUAGCUCCUUUAAACAAGAAAGUAGCUAAGAAUGUCAUCUUAUUUCUUGGGGACGGCAUGAGCAUUACAACGCUCGCCGCCACGAGAGCAUACCUCGGCCAGCAGCGGGGACUAAAUGGUGAAGAGCUCAAACUGAGUUUCGAAAUUUUCCCGUACACCGGCUUAGCUAAGACGUAUUGUGUAGAUAAUAACGUAGCGGACUCUGCGUGUAGUGGUACCGCGUAUCUGACUGGAGUGAAGGCCAACAGUGGAACUGUAGGUCUUACCGCCGCCGUCAAGAGAGGAGACUGCGAAGGACAAAUUGAAGGCAGACAUUCUGUCACCGGACUUAUGGAUUGGGCGCAACGGGCCGUCAAAUCUACUGGUCUCGUGACCACAACACGAGUGACCCACGCCACUCCCGCCGCCGCAUACGCUCAUUCAGCCGAUAGGAGAUGGGAAGCUGACACCGAUCUUCCAAGCAAAGGCCCUCGCUGCGAUGACAUAGCGACGCAAUUAGUUAGAGGACGUAUCGGCAGUAAAAUUGAUGUGGUCCUUGGUGGAGGUCGACACAAUUUCUAUCCUAAAAACGAGAUAGACCCCGAAGGAUACUCCGGUUAUCGAAGCGAUGGUGUCAAUCUAGCAAGGGAAUGGUUGAUUAAGAAGAAAUCGCAGGGACGCACCCCGAAAUACCUUUACAAUAGAAACGACUUACUGAAUCUUAAAGUCAACGAAUACGACAGCUUAUUAGGUUUGUUCAGCCCUGAUCACAUGCCGUAUCAUUUGGAAGCUGACGGUGAUGAUCCGACGCUGACGGAAAUGACUAGGAAAGCCAUUGAAAUGCUGUCGAAAAACAAAAACGGAUUUUUCUUGUUCGUUGAAGGUGGAAGAAUAGACACGGCGCAUCACGAAACGAAAGCUCGCAAAGCUUUGGAUGAGACAGCAGAGUUCGCGAAAGCCGUUGAAGCGGCCGUCAGGAUGGUGGACGCCGAAGAGACCCUAAUCGUUGUGACAUCGGACCACAGUCAUACGAUGACAUACAGUGGAUACAGUAAGAGAGGCACCGAUAUCCUAGGAUUUACCAAUAAGCUGAACGCAUCAGACAGUCUUCCGUAUACAACAUUAAGCUACGCCAACGGCCCGGGAUAUAAGCCACACGAGAAGUUUUUGAGACACAAUCUUAUGCUUGACGAUAUAAAUCAUCUGAACUUCACCUAUCCAUCGCUGGUGCCCAUAGUUCGCGAGACCCACGGCGGAGAGGAUGUCGCUGUCUACGCCACGGGACCAUGGUCUCAUCUCUUCACCGGCAACUACGAACAGAAUUAUCUUCCUCAUGCGAUCGCCUACGCAGCUUGCAUUGGAAACGGCCUGACGUCGUGUCAAUCGCUAUAAAGGACAAUGCCCAUUUUCUUUGGGCGUUUGGGCCCCUAAAAAAAGUUAUCGUGUCAUUAUGGUUUUAACUUAAUUUUAUAGACAAAGAAAUAUCGUUUCUUAAUCAGAAAACGAUUUUUAUAUUCUCAACCAGGUUUAAGAGAAAUCUGUUUUUUUCUGCAGCUAAAAUUAAGUUGUUAUUUGUGUUCUUCGAAAUCAAGAAUCGCACUCAUAAUUAUUUACACUGUUAAAUAAGUUAACUGUGGUUAAUGUUGCUAGAAAUAAGCCCUUAUGUAAAUUAUUAUUGUUAUAAUAUCCUCAUAAUAACAAUAAUAAAAUGAAGGUGGUUUCUGAGAAUGGACUUCAUUGACCCUUCUUCCGGAAAUGAAAAUCCUUGUGACUUGUGAUAUUUAAAUCUGAAUUCAAAUUUGAAUUUGUAUUUUCUCGAGUAAAUAAAUGAACGUGCCGAAAACAAUGAUUCAAUUAACAUGUUUAAAAUAUUUUGCGUAAUUUUUACACGUGCCUCAAAUUGUUGAAAUGAGUGAAGUAUUUAAUCUGUGUGUUCCGUAUAAGUUAUAAUAGUAAGAUCUGAUAUCCAAUAUUGGAAUGAUUUAAAUUAAAAAUAUUCCAAAUUGUAAUUUAUAUUGUAAUUGUUGUAUUACGAUUACGCGGUCAUGUUAACGAAAAUAUUUCUGUAAUUUGUUUGCGAUUUAUUGAAAUGGUAGAUAGAUCCUACUUUAUGUUUCUGAGUGUGGUGAGUAUUUAUAAUGUCUUCUGAGCUUGACUAACUAAUUGGACUCAAUUAGUAAGUUGUCGUGGCCUAAAGGAUAAGACGUCCGGUGCAUUCGUGUUGAGCGAUGUAACGGUGCUCGUAUCCCACAGGCGGGUACCAGUUUUUUUUUUUUCUAAUGAAAUACUUACUCAACAUAUGUUCACGAUUGACUUCCACGAUGAAGGAAUAGCAUCGUGUAAUUAAAAUUAUUAUUUGCGUAAUUAUUGGUGGUAGGACCUCUUGUGAGUCCGCACGAGUAGGUACCACCACCCUGCCUAUUUCUGUCGAGAAGCAGUAAUGCGUUUUGGUUUGAAGGGUGCGGCAGCCGUUGUAACUAUACUGACACCUUAUAACUAAUAACUUAUAUCUCAAGGUGGGUGGCACAUUUAUGUUGUAGAUUUCUAUGGGCUCCAGUAACCACUUAACACCAGGUGGGCUGUGAGCUCGUCCACCCAUUUAAGCAAUAAAAAAAACCUAUUUCUUUGACAGGUGAAUAUGCUAGCAAUUCAAAGCUGUUUAAAAUUCCUGAUUUUAUUAUUAUUUUGUAAAUUAAAACAUUUAGAAAAUACGUGAUUAUAUUAAAGUAUUUAGACAUAAGUUUGUAAGUGUUCAUUUUGUAAUUUUGUAAAUAAAUGAUAGUCAUACUUA